AUGAGGCGCUGUGAAUUCAUGGCUGAGGAUUUGUGUGAACAACUAAAUAAAGGAAUACAUUGUCCUUUUGAUCACAAAAAAGUGUGGCUGUUAGAUUUAGCUUUUUUAGUUGACAUAGCUGCUAUGCUGAAUAAACUAAACUUAGAACUGCAAGGGAAAGAUAAAACUAUAGUUGACAUAAUUAGUCCUGUGGCUGCUUUCAAGCAGAAACUAAAACUAGUGUCUUCGCAGCUGCAUCAACAUCAACUACGAAACUUCAGAAACAUGAUGUCUGAACUAGAAAACCAAGGAAAAGACUGUGACCAGUUUGACAGUGCUCGAUAUAUUGAACACGUGCAAAACCUUGCCUCAUAUUUUGACAGACGGUUUCAAGAUAUAGCAACAAUAGAACCUAUUGCAACAUAUAUGUGUUUUCCAUUUGGUAAAAUCACAAAUGUUGAAGAUAUUGCAUCUAGAAUGGCAUCAGUAUUUAACAUGGACGUAUCUAAAGUCGAAAAUGAGCUUCUGAAGCUUAAAAAUUAUAUUCAGAUCAAAUCCAGGGCAACAGGAGGAAGUUCCUGGAACCUUCUCAGUGAAGAAAAAUAUCCCAAUGUCAGAAAAUGUGCCAUGUACCUCACAGCAUUUUUUGGAUCAACCUACCUUUGUGAAUCAACAUUUUCACACAUGAAACACAUCAAAUCCAAAUACCGAUCAACAAUGUCAGAUGAACACCUGGAUGCUUGCCUGAGGCUAGCAGUCACCGCCUACAGUCCUAAUUACACAAAGCUGGCAGACAACGUGCAGUGCUAA